AUGUCUUUUGGCGGCGGCGGUUUCUCUGGCUUCGGCCAGCAGAAUCAACAAUCCUCGGGUGGAUUUGGUGGCUUUGGCUCCCAACCCUCGACUAGCGGAGCCUUUGGCUCGACGAGCGGUGGCUUCGGCAGCACCCCGGCCCAGAGCUCGGGAGGAGGUCUCUUCGGUUCCUCCUCGACUGGCGGCGGUUUCGGCACCACAAGCGGCGGUUUCGGCUCAGGCACUGGUGGCGGUUUUGGCGCCAAGCCCGCCUUUGGUAGCACGACCACGACAGCCGGCGGUGGUCUCUUUGGAUCUUCGACGACGGCUACUGCUGGCGGAACGGGAUUCGGCAGCGGUGGCUUCGGCUCGAACACCGCGUCGUCAUCCACCCCUUUCGGCGGCGGCGGCGGCUCGUCGAUGUUUGGAGGAAACAAGCCCGCCACCACCUUUGGCGCUGGCACGACCGGCACGACCGGUUCAUCACUGUUCGGCGGCGGCGCAACUGGUGGCUUUGGCAGCGGAAGCACAGGAUUCGGAGCUACAAGCAACCCUGGUAUCGGCACCAAUGUUGGAGAACCCCCAGGCACAGCUCAGGUGCAGUUCCAGCCGACCGUUGAGAAGGAGGCAAACAACCCCAGCCAAUCCAACUCCUUCCAGAAUAUCCUCUUCAUGGAGCCGUACAAGAAGUGGUCUGCCGAAGAGCUGCGGCUUGCCGACUACAACCAGGGCCGACGACAUGGCAAUGCGAGCGGCUCGACUGGAGCUUUUGGUGUGAGCUCCGGAUUUGGUAGCGGCGGAUUUGGAAGCACGGGUUCCGGGUUCGGCAGCACCAACACCGGUACUACUGGCGGCGGCGGUCUGUUCGGUAGUACCCAGCCUGCCUCGACAGGUUUCGGUCAGGCAGCCACAACCGGCAGCGGCUUUGGCUCAGGCACCUCCGGUGGUCUUUUUGGCCAGCAGAACAAGCCUGCAACCGGCCUCUUUGGGUCUACAUCACAGCCUCAACAGACCGGCGGCCUUUUUGGAUCGGCAUCCACUUUUGGUAGCACGUCCGCCGGCAACGCAUUCGGAUCUGGCGCUAAUACCGCCGCCACCACUGGCAGCGGCCUCUUUGGAUCUGGUACCACACAGGCCAAACCUUCUUCAUCUUUCAACUUUGGUACAGGAGGCGCGCAAACUGGCUUUGGCGGUGCGGGCACGACCGGUGGCUUCGGAAGCACCACUGGCACCGCCACCGGUACCGGAGGCGGUAUUUUCGGCGGUGGAGGCAGUCAGACCACGGGCAGCGGCCUCUUUGGCGGCUCAACCCAGGCGGGUACCGGCAGCGGCUUUGGUGGUGGCUUUGGUGGACAGGGGCAACAACAGCAGCAGCAGCAGCAGCAGCAGCAGCAAGGUGGAGGUCUCUUUGGUAACGCACAACAGCAGAAACCAGGUGGACUCUUCGGAAACACGGGAAACACCAACACCGGCGGUGGCCUCUUUGGUAACGCGAAUCAGGCACAGUCAGCGUUUGGUGGUGGCCAGACUGCUCAGCCUUCAGGCGGCCUGUUUGGUAACAAGCCGGCAGGAUCGACAGGCGGUGGUUUGUUUGGUAGUGCCACAGCCACCCAGACAGGAGCAACUGGUGGAGGUCUCUUCGGCGGUCUUGGUGGCGCCGCCCAGACCCAACAACAACCCGCCGCUCAGCCCGGCGGUCUCUUUGGCGCAAGCCAAGCCAAGCCCUCGUUGUUUGGAGGAUCUACGCAGUCGACUGGAGGUGGUCUGUUUGGUGCCCAGACCGCUCAACCCCAGUCCCUCUUCGGUAACACCGCAACGCAACAGCAGCCCCAAGCCACCAACCCCUUGUUCGGUGCUUCUCAGGGCGCGCAGAACACUCCUCAGUCGUUGACGACUAGCAUCAAUGAUGUCUCUGCCUUCGGCACACCGUCUCUUUUCCAAGGUCUAGGCGCCGGCGAAGUGCGCGACCCUGGUCCGCUGGCUACUCCCUUGUCCGGUAGCACCACCAAGACGCCCCGACGCGGCUCCAUUCUGCCUCUUUACAAGCUUAACCCGGGCUCGGCUUCCAAGUUUGUCACUCCCUCGAAGCGUGGCUUUGGGUUUUCAUACAGCAACUUUGGCACCCCCACCAGCCCUUCGAGCGUAGCAAGCACUCCCGGAGGGUUCGGCCAGAGCCUCCUCAUGGGCAGCACCCGCGGUCUGAGCAAGAGCAUCUCUUCCAGCAGCCUCCGCCGCAGCUUCAAUCCCGAAGACAGCAUCCUCGCUCCUGGCGCUUUCUCUUCUACAUCCGGACCCAAGUACCACACCGGCACUGGGAGCGUCAAGCGACUUGUCAUCAACCGUGAGAUCCGCAGCGAUCUCUUCAGCACUCCCAACAAAGAGAAGCAGCCUGCUGAGCUGCUCAACGGCUCUCGCAAGCUCUCUAAGCGUGUCAGCUUCGAUACAAGCACUGUCCCCGCUAUCGAGAACGGUGUUGCGGGCGGAGAGGCCGUUGAGGAAUCUGCCCAGGACUUGGGUUUCAUCCGGCCAUCCACGCGCACCAGCAACAAUGCCAACGGGUCGCGGCCCAGCUCUUCCGAUGCCAACCCCGAAAUGGAGCAGGUCAAGGGUAACGAACUGGCCAUCGUACACGAGGAAGGCUCCCCGACCGUCACCAAGUCAGUUGAGCCCCCCAAGAUCAACGGCGAGUACUGGAUGCGACCUUCUAUGGAGGAGAUCAACGCCAUGAAUCGCAUGCAGCGCCAGCAAGUCUCAGACUUCACUGUCGGUCGCAAGGGCAUUGGUCAGAUCCGAUUUAAGGUCCCCGUCGAUCUGAGCAACAUCAAUAUCGAGGACAUCCCCGGUGGAAUCGUCCUGCUGGAGACUCGCUCUGCGACCGUCUAUCCUGUCGCCGCCAAGAAACCCCCUAUGGGCAAGGGUCUGAAUGUUCCUUCUGAGAUCUCGCUCGAGCAUUCGUGGCCGCGUGGUCGCGUUCAUGAGAAGUCCGGCCCGCGGGUUGCGAAACAUGUAGAGCGCCUGAAGAAGAUUGAUAACACCACCUUCAUCAACUACGACGCCGACACGGGUGUCUGGACUUUUACUGUGGAGCACUUCACUACCUACGGCCUGGACUAUGACGAGGACGAGGAGGAGACCGAGCCGCAGGCCGACACCCAAGAGCGAGAGGAUCUGCCCGUUCUCCCUCCUCACCAGCCGGUGCAGACCUUUGUGGCGCCCCCGGAGGUCGACGAUGAUGACACGUUCGAAUUUCGUAGGAACCGUAGGGCCGUUCCCGGAGCUUUCGAUGAUGAAGCUAUGUCGGAUGAUGAGAUUGUGCCCCAGAAGCAGUCUUUUUUAUCUAGUGGCUCCGCGGAAUACGUAUCCGCUCGCUCCGUCGUGCCUGUGAUUGCAGACGACGAGGAGAUGGAUCACGGUGAUGUGGCCUUGGAGAACGAGGAUAUGGCGAUCUCGACUUUCCAGCCCCAUCAUCCCGCGGAGCCCCAAGCAACGUCGCCACAACUAGGCUCGACUAUGGUUCCCGACACGCCCGCCGGCAUCGUGCGAGCGAGGAUGCGGGCGAUCAAAGAGUCUGCUACACCCCUCAAGCUCCAGGUCGCUGGCGGUGAUGACUGGAUGGACAUGCUACGUAGGACUGUCAGUCCUCAGAAACGUGACCGGGCUGCGCUCAGGGCCCUGAACGAUGUUGAGCUUCAUGGGCCAGGUGUACAGGAGAAGGCACCUGUAGUUAGAAACCGCCUGGUCUCGGACGGCAGGGGCUUUGCGACGAGCAUCGACCUGAUGAACUCGCUCUUUGAGAAGGCCCAGGCGCCUGUCCAGCCCACACAGACCAUUACGCCCGCAACGGGCUUCAUGAAGUGGCCCUACAAGCGACAGUCAAAACAACCCGAGAACGAAGCAGACAUGGACCCCAAGGAUCGAUCUUUCCACGACUCCUUUAAGCCUUCUUGGGCUCCUGAUGGGGCCUUCCUGGUUCGAAACAACAAGUUGAACGGCUUUUCCGACGGUGUCGGUGUCGUCAAGAGCUCUGCAUUCACCGGUGACUUCCCUAUUGAGAACCCCCUCGAGGGUAUUGCCGACCAUCGGGAUUUGGUGGACAUUCAUGUCGUCAACGGCGUCCCCACCGUCUCGACUCAGCGCGUUCCUAAUCUCAAGGCCUUUUCAACUUUCAGUUCCGCUGCGAAGCGCAAGCAGUCGGAUCGCCUCGACUCGAUCUCGCGAAACAUCGACUCCUACGAGCGAUCGGUGUGGGAGUUGGCGAGUGUCCUAUUCGACCCCGUCGACCGUGCUGUCAGCGCCGUGGAGGAGAAGCGCAUCCGCAAGGUCAACCUGGCCAAGUUCUGGAGAGGCGUCGUGCAAGAUGCGUUCGCCAAGAACCUAGACCGCGCCUUCACGGCCGAGGAGAAAGCUAUCGCAUACCUGUCUGCCAACAAGGUGGCCGAGGCCUGCAAGCAACUGAGCGACGGCAAAGAUCUGAAGCUCGCCACCCUUGUAGCGCUCAUUGGCACCAGCGAUGCGGUUCAAAAGGACAUGAAGGAGCAGAUGGAGGAGUGGCACGAUGGCGAUGUCCUCUCCGAGUUUAGCUUGGCCAUCCGGGCCAUCUACUCGCUUCUGGGUGGCAGUGUUACGGAAUGCAAGGGCAAGAAGGGUGUCGGAGUCGAGAACCGCCUGGACACCGAGAACAUUGCAGAGCGGUUUGGCUUGAACUGGAAGCAGGCCUUUGGUCUGCGUCUGUGGUAUGGCAUCUCCUCCGAGGACGACAUCACCAUUGCAGUGGAUAAGUUCCUGGAUGAUGUGGAACAUGGGAGCGUGCCCGCUCCUCAGCCCUGGUAUGUUGAGCAGGGUCUGCAGGCUGGUUACGAGGACAACAACCUUAACCGCCGAGAGGAUCUCCUGUGGGGCCUGCUCAAGGUUUUCGCCGGCCGCGCUAAGCUUGAGGACAUCCUCCAGCCGGAGAACUCACAGCUCGCGCCCUUCAACUACCGCCUCUGCUGGCAGCUGAGCCAGGCACUGGGCGCCAAGAACAAGCACCUCUUUGGCGACAAGGCGGAGGCGAAGGCCGACGCGCUCACUGUUUCCUUCGCGACCGAGGUCUUAUACUACCAGAAGGAGGGCAGCUGGGUCGCCGCCAUCUGGGUCCUCCUGCACCUCAGCGACCCAGCCGCGCGCGCCAAGGCUGUGCAGGACGUCCUCAACCGCAACGCGGCGGCCCUCUUCACGCGCGAGUCGCGCGAGCACAACUACCACGACCGCAUCGUCGAGGACAUGAAGAUCCCCCCGGCCUGGUUCUGGCAGGCCGCCGCGCUGCACUGGCGCAGCCGGCAGGACCGCCCCGCGCUCGAGGCGCGGUGCCUGCUCAAGGCGCGGGCCUUUGCCGACGCGCACAAGAUCUUUGCCCGGGAGCUUGCGCCGCGGGCCGUCGUGGCGCGCGACUACACCGACGCCGUGGCCAUGCUCGUGCGCUUCCAGCCGCACCGCCAGGCCAUCCCCGACUGGGCGCUCGGCGGCGAGGUCUACGGCCACUUCUUCGAGCUGCUGGCGGAGCGGGCCGCCGCGGGCGGCAGCAUCGGCGGCGGGCAGAGCAGCAGGGCUUCGGCUUCGUCGGCGCCGCGGCUCGUCGAGGCGCUCAUGGCGAGCCUGCCUGCCAUGUACGAGGCGUGCGGCGAGUCGGACACGACCGAGGUGGCGGCCAUCACCGAGAUGGCGGACGUGGUUGCCGGCGAGGCUAUCGAGUUGGCUGGCAAGGGACGGAUGGAUCUGUCCAAGAUCUCGCGCCUGCCGCUCACGGAGGACCGGCACCUGAGGUACUCGAACGACCUCGCCUCGGCGUACUACCGCGAGGUUAUGAGUGCGCGAGGGUAA